GACUGGAUGUCGCAGGCGCAACGACGCAGCAGCGCUCGUCGCAGCAGCAGCGCUCGUGCCUUGCUUUCCGAGAGUCCCUGCAGCAGACCAACUCCGCGUCGGGGUCGGAGCAGCUGGAGCUGGAGCAGGAGGAGGAGGAGCAGGAGCAGGAGCGCGUGGGAGUCUUGCUUGAUUGCUUGGGGGUCGCGGUGCCAGCGGACGGAGUCGCGGAUUGUUGUUGCAGGAUAGGCGGCGCGAUUGGAGAGUGCUAGUUGGAGGUGUGCGGCAUUUGGGUCCCAUGGUGUGGGAGAGAUAGCGCGGACACUUGCGCAGGAGCUGUGUCAUUGUGCUCGUGGUGUCGAUUGGAGUCGAGGUGUGCUCUGUGCAGCGUGGUUGUGUUUUGGAGAAUUCGUCGGAAUGGGUCUCGAGGCCGCUGCUAUGGCGGGCAUUUCGCCCGCUUCUUCUCUUCUGCCUUCUGCUCGGCGAAGCGCGACCGAGCUUAGUCUGAGGGCGUCGGAUAUGCCAUCCUUUUCCGGUACCAAGUUAGCAGGCGCUUGCACGUGGGGAAAAUCGUCGAGAGUCUCCACUGCUGGCAAAGGCGUGCAGUGUUCUUCCAAUGGACCUCCUCCUGCUUGGCCUGGAAGAGCUGUAGACGACGGAGUGAAAAAAAAUUAUACUGGACCCAAACCCAUCUCUCUCAUUGGGUCUACCGGGUCUAUUGGUACCCAGACUCUGGACAUCGUUCGUGAGAACCCUGAUAAAUUCAGGGUGGUCGCACUAGCCGCUGGUUCCAAUAUUACUCUGCUAGCUGAUCAGGUGAGGACGUUCAAACCCAGUUUGGUUUGUGUGCGUCAUGGAGACCGAGUUGCCGAGCUGAAGGAAGCUAUUGCCGAUGUUUACCCUCAGCCCGAGAUCGUGGUCGGUGACUCUGGGAUUGUAGAGGUUGCCCAACAUCCCGAAGCCGUCACAGUGGUCACUGGAAUCGUCGGCUGUGCUGGUCUGAAGCCCACUGUUGCAGCUAUCGAAGCAGGAAAAGACAUAGCUUUAGCAAAUAAGGAAACUUUGAUCGCCGGAGGUCCUUAUGUACUACCCCUUGCCAAGAAAUAUGGCAGCAAAAUUUUGCCUGCCGAUUCCGAGCAUUCAGCUAUUUUUCAGUGUAUUCAAGGUUUGCCAGAAGGUGGACUGAGACGCAUCAUCCUCACAGCAUCUGGGGGUGCCUUUAGGGAUUGGCCUGUGGAGAAAUUGAAAGACGUCAAGGUGGCCGAUGCUCUGAAACAUCCAAACUGGAGCAUGGGCAGGAAAAUCACUGUUGACUCAGCCACUCUGAUGAAUAAGGGUUUGGAAGUUAUUGAGGCUCACUACCUCUUCGGAGCUGAGUACGAUGACAUCGAGAUAGUCAUCCAUCCGCAAUCGAUCGUCCAUUCCAUGGUCGAAACACAGGAUUCUUCUGUCCUUGGCCAGAUGGGAUGGCCAGAUAUGAGGUUACCUAUUCUUUAUACCUUGUCAUGGCCUGAACGUGUUUCUUGCUCGGAGAGCACUUGGCCCCGCCUUGAUUUCGUGAAGAUGGGCUCCCUAACAUUCAAGGCUCCAGACCGGGCGAAGUACCCAGCAAUGGAUAUUUCAUAUGCUGCUGGUCGGGCAGGUGGGACCAUGACUGGGGUCCUCAGUGCAGCGAACGAGAAAGCUGUCGAGCUAUUUUUGGACGAGAGAAUUGGCUACUUGGACAUCAUCAAAGUCAUUGAAAGUACCUGCGACAAGCACAGGCAAGAGUUGGUGUUGCGUCCUUCACUUGAAGAGAUUAUUCACUACGAUCAAUGGGCACGUGUUUUUGCUGAGGAUGUGGCUAAGAAGUACGAAAUCUCUCCUUCGGCCACGCCUGUGCCAGUUUAAACUUCUGUAUGCAUGAUACAAACCUCCUCACUUACUUAAUUGUAACACUAUAUGACACCACCGACGGACGUGCUUUGGAGCGAAAAAGGUCGUACAUAUGCGAGACACGUAGUGUAAUCAUCAUCUUAUGUAGUUGUGUAGUCGGAUGACCACAGAUAGGACAGUUUCCUCUGCCUGGGCAGAGAGCGUCAGCAGAUUUUUGUUGAUAGACUUCGGAAUCACGGAAUAAACCUUUAGUUCCAUCCUUGUAGAAAACACCAGUUAACGGAGUCAAGAAACCGGAAGCGGGCAAAUCAAAAAAUAUCAAUUGCACGUCUUUCUUUUUUGAGCUUUGAACGACGUGGAAAGGUAAUCACCGCGAGACAUCCGUUCUCGCUAUAGACUGACAUCAUUCAUUGGAUAAAAAUGUUCCAUCAAAUUUUAUCUCUGUAGCGGUUGAUUGCC